GCGGCCGGCGAGGUCCUGCCCGGCUGGCUGCCCCGCGCCCCGCCUCGCCCAGCGGCCGGGCCGGCAGGGAGGGACGCGCGGUGCGCUCGGCUCCCCUGUGCCCUGCCCAUGCCUUGAAGCACAAAGUUUAGGGCUGGGGGCUACCUUCCCCCUCCCCCACAAUGACUGCCCAAGGACUCCUGCCGCCCAGCCUCGACAGUGACCUGCCUUCGCUCCCCAGGUCGGAAUCAACUAUUCCAAGAUUCCCCAUCCUCCUCCUCCUCUAAAAUACAUAUUUUUUAAUACAAGCAAUUGUGAUCUGCUGGCUCCUUUCCAUAAUAAUUUAGACCUCAGGCCUCGUUUCUGAGUGUAAGGGGGUGCGGUCUCCCCCAAGACGGCGCCCUGGAAGGACAGAGUCCCCUUGCAGACCCACACACACGAUGAAGAGGUGCAAAUCGGAUGAGCUGCAGCAGCAGCAGCAGCCGGGCGAGGAGGAUGGAGCUGGGCUGGAAGAAGCAGCUUUCCACCUGCCGGGCGCGGACCUCCGGCCCGGGGAGGCCGCGGGUGCUAACUCCGCGGGCGGGCCAAGUUCAGAUGCGGGCGCCGGGGCGGCACCCAACCCGGGUCCCCGAAGCAAGCCUCCUGAUUUAAAGAAAAUCCAGCAGCUCUCAGAAGGCUCCAUGUUUGGCCACGGCCUGAAGCACCUGUUCCACAGCCGCCGCCGUUCGAGGGAGAGGGAGCACCAGGCAUCUCAGGAUUUCCAGCAGCAGCAGCAGCAGCAGCUUGGCAUGUCUGACCAUGACUCCCCAGAUGAGAAGGAGCGCUCCCCGGAGAUGCACCGAGUCUCCUAUGCCAUGUCCCUGCACGACCUGCCCGCUAGGCCUACUGCCUUCAACCGUGUGCUGCAGCAGAUCCGCUCCAGGCCCUCCAUCAAGCGGGGUGCCAGCCUGCACAGCAGCAGUGGGGCCAGCGGGGGGAGCAGCAGCCGGCGCACCAAGAGCAGCUCCCUGGAGCCCCAGCGAGGCAGCCCCCACCUGCUGCGCAAGGCACCUCAGGACAGCAGCCUGGCCGCGAUCCUGCACCAGCACCAGUGCCGACCCCGCUCCUCCUCCACCACCGACACCGCCCUGCUGCUGGCCGAUGGUGGCAGUGUGUACCUCCUGGCCGAGGAGGGCGAGGGCAUCGGGGACAAGGGUGACAAAGCAGACCUCGUGGCCCUGAGCCUGCCCUCUGCCGCUGGCCAUGGUGACACUGAGGGCCCCCUCAGCCUGGACGUGCCGGACGGGGCGCCCGACCCGCAGCGGACCAAGGCGGCCAUCGACCACCUGCACCAGAAGAUCCUGAAGAUCACGGAGCAGGUCAGGAUCGAGCAGGAGGCGCGGGACGACAAUGUGGCCGAGUACCUGAAGCUGGCCAACAACGCGGACAAGCAGCAGGUGUCGCGCAUCCGGCAGGUGUUCGAGAAGAAGAACCAGAAGUCGGCCCAGACCAUCGCGCAGCUGCACAAGAAGCUGGAGCACUACCGGCGGCGCCUGAAGGACAUCGAGCAGAACGGACCCUCGCGGCAGCCCAAGGACGUGCUGCGGGACAUGCAACAGGGCCUCAAGGACGUGCGCGCCAACGUGCGCGCGGGCAUCAGCGGCUUCGGGGGCGGCGUGGUGGAGGGCGUCAAGGGCAGCCUCUCUGGCCUCUCACAGGCCACCCACAGUGCCGUGGUGUCCAAGCCCCGCGAGUUCGCCAGCCUCAUCCGCAACAAGUUUGGCAGCGCCGACAACAUCGCGCACCUGAAGGACCCCCUGGAAGACGGGGCCCCCGAGGAGGCGGCGCGGGCGCUGAGCGGCAGCGCCACGCUCGUGUCCAGCCCCAAGUACGGCAGUGACGACGAGUGCUCCAGCGCCAGCGCCAGCUCGGCCGGGGCGGGCAGCAACUCCGGGGCCGGGCCGGGGGUCCCCCUGGGGAGCCCCAAGUCCAACGCGCUGUACGGUGCCCCUGGAAACCUGGACGCUCUGCUGGAGGAGCUGCGGGAGAUCAAGGAGGGCCAGUCACACCUGGAGGACUCCAUGGAGGACCUGAAGACGCAGCUGCAGAGGGACUACACCUACAUGACACAGUGCCUGCAGGAGGAGCGCUACAGGUAUGAGCGGCUGGAGGAGCAGCUGAAUGACCUGACCGAGCUUCACCAGAACGAGAUGACCAACCUGAAGCAGGAGCUGGCCAGCAUGGAGGAGAAGGUGGCCUACCAGUCAUAUGAGAGGGCACGGGACAUCCAGGAGGCCGUGGAGUCCUGCCUGACCCGCGUCACCAAGCUGGAGCUGCAGCAGCAGCAGCAGCAGGUGGUGCAGCUGGAGGGCGUGGAGAAGGCCAACGCCCGGGCGCUGCUGGGCAAGUUCAUCAACGUGAUCCUGGCGCUCAUGGCUGUGCUGCUGGUGUUUGUGUCCACCGUCGCCAACUUCAUCACGCCCCUCAUGAAGACGCGCCUGCGCAUCACCAGCACCGCCCUCCUGGUCCUCUUCCUCUUCCUGCUCUGGAAGCACUGGGAUUCCCUCACCUACCUCCUGGAGCACGUGCUGCUGCCCAGCUGAGCCGCCAGCCUGCCCUGGCCCGUGCUCCCUGGCCCCCGCUGGCCACACUUCUCCAGGAGGGACCCCAGGACUCCAGAGUCCCUUGAACACCUUCAUGCGUCCGGUUUGGCCUCCUCCCCAAGUUGUCCGCUCCAGCUGUGCUGUCCCCUCCGUUCCUGCUUCUGUCUGACACCUUCUCUGUGGCCAAAUGGAGCAGAGGAUGCCAGGACUGGAUUGUUCUGAUUACUUACAGGGCUUCUCCCAGCUGACCUCAGGAUGCCCCAAGUCAGGAAGGCCACUAAGAGCAGGGGAAGCCAGGGCUCUGCCUCGACUUCCCUUGGAAAGAGCCCUGCUGGAGGUGGCCAUGGCCUCCCUUGGAGACAGGAAGAAGGCAAGCCAGGGAGAGGCCAUGCCUGCCCCGGAGAGCACAGGCAGGGGUGGCCCCCGGCCUCCAGGGCCGGAGAGCAGAGAGUGCAGCCCACCCUGCACCCUUUUUUCUGCCAGAGCUGGUUGGGGGCUGGACCCUGCCGGGGUCUGCAGGCUGCCGGCUCUGAGCUGGGUGUGGCUUUGGACUCAUGUUUUCCCUGCUCCUCUCUCUGCCUGACCCUCACUGGAUCUUCUGUUUUGGGGGAACAGGCCCCAGGAGCUCUGAGCCUUGGCCCAAGCCCUUCCGCCUCUGGGAGUGCAAUGGAUCCUAUUUAUUUAUUUAUUUAUUUCUUCCUUCUUCCCUCACCCUUGGCGAGCUCCAGCGGGAGGACUGCCAGGUCUUCCCUCUGAGCCCAGGGCUCGUCCUUGGCCCGUCAGGUGCUUGCAUCCUAUGUAGCCUGUGGAUGAUCCCGACUGGGAGAAGUGGGGUGCAGCCACCUGGCCCCACUGCCCUGGGCAGCCCCGCAGCUGGGCGGGGAGAGUGUCGCCUCUUUUAUACGUCUAUUUAUUUUGUAUGUGUAUCAUUGUGGGGAGGAGCCGUGGCCGCUUUCUUUCUGUGAGGCUCUGAGUGUUGUGAUGGUUUCUGUUCACAUCCCCGCCUCCCCGUGGGCACAUCCAAGCACAGGGCAUUUCUUGGAACGGGAUCGAGGAAUCCCCCGGAGCAGGGAAAGCAGUGCCUGCCAGCUGUGUGGACCUUCCUGAGAAAUAAAUAGCCUCUAAAUUUUCAAACCA